AUGGCUUCAAACCUUCCCAAGGAGUACAAGGCCGGCUUCUUCGAGGCUGCAGGUGAACCUCUCAAGUUCAAGCAGGUCAAACUGGAGCUGCCAAAGCCGGGCGAAGUCUUGGUCAAGGUCCUUGCCUGUGGCGUUUGUCACUCGGACCACGUCGUUCGCUACGGAAUCAUGGGCAACAGUUUCCCCAUCAUCCCCGGCCAUGAGAUCAUUGGCGAGGUUGCUGCCGUACCAGACAGUGAGCAUCGCUGGAAAGUGGGAGAACGCGUUGGCGGACCGUGGCACGGCGGUCAUGACGGCACCUGCGUUGCGUGUCAGCGUGGGCUUUUCCAGAUGUGUGAGAAGGCAGCAAUCAACGGCGUCACCAGGGAUGGAGGAUAUGCGGAAUAUGUCACUCUCAGGACAGAGGCUGUGGUCCGAGUACCCACCGACGUCGACCCAGCUGAAUUCUGUCCUAUACUUUGCGCCGGAGUGACCGUGUUCAACUCUUUGCGGCAACAAAGAGUCCUUGCUGGUUCGCUCGUUGCGGUCCAGGGACUCGGGGGUCUCGGACAUCUUGCAUUGCAGUAUGUCAGUAAGAUGGGGUACAGGACGGUCGCCAUCUCCUCCAGUUCCGAAAAGAGGGAGUUCGCCACCCAGUUGGGAGCCCAUGAAUACAUCGAUGCAUCUCAGGGCGACAUUGGUGAACAGCUGCAGAAGUUGGGAGGCGCAGCGUGUAUUCUGUUCACUGCGCCCAACGAGAAACUUAUUCCUUCUUUGCUCGCUGGGCUCGGGCCGGUGGGCAAGCUCAUUAUCCUGGCAGCAACAGCCCCCGUCGAAGUGAAUACUGCCUUCAUGAUCGGCAAGGGCCUCAGCCUUCAGGCAUGGCCCAGUGGACACGCUCUUGACAGUGAAGAAGCCAUUUCGUUUGCUCAAAUACACGAUGUGCACGUUAUGAUUGAGAAAUUCCCACUGGACAAGGCCAACGAGGCCAUGGAGAAGAUGGUCAGCGGCAAGGUUCGGUUCCGAGGAGUGCUCAUUCCAUAG